AUGAAGGUCAGUCUAAAACGUAUGCUGGCUUACCUGGGCCUGCGGUCUGCCUACUCAUCAUCUUCUCAGGUGUUUGUCAGCAUCAGUGUGAUCAGCGCCAUGCCGCGGUCUCGACUGUCACGGCACGCAACCAAGGUCAUCGUCAGGGUCAGCAUUUGGACCUGUGUGGUGUUGGUGCUACUGUUUCUUGUGACCUACACUCUCUUGCUGGCUUUCGUUGACAGACAGAUGCACCAGGUUCCACUUGAUGUGCCAUACAAGAAAGUUCGACUCCUAAACAGACUCUAUGGUAAACAAAGCUUGAGGAAGUUGCCUGCGGGAAACAACCCCUUUCAUCCAGAGAGGCUGUUAGCUCACAGGAAGGCUAUAUGGAAUUCAAGUGUUUACUACAGUAAAAAUGAUGUUCUUCCUUCGUGCAGUCAGCCUUUCAUUCUGUUUCUAAUUACCUCAUCACCACAGCAUGGUGAUCGAAGAAUGUCCAUCCGCCGCACCUGGUGCAACUCCAUCAAUGCAACUGCAUCAGUCAAGCAGCCGUGGACAUGUAUAUUUUUGGUUGGUAUUUCCAAAAGUGCCGAAAUGCUGGCACAGAUACUGAAAGAGAAGGAGCUGUACGGUGAUAUUCUUCUAGGCAGCUAUGUCGAUUCAUAUGUCAAUUUAACACUGAAAGUUGUCCAUGGCUUAGACUGGAGUGCAACUCACUGCCCAAGUUCGUAUGUAGUUAAAACAGAUGAUGAUUGUUUUGUGAAUGUCAGACUGCUGUAUGAGUUUCUGCUUCGGUAUAAUGUGAAGACUUCAGCUCUGUAUGCUGGCAGUGUGAUUCAGGACAACGCCAAGUUAAAGGUGAUCAGGGGCAGAGACAAAAAAUGGGCUGUAGGGUUCCAGGAGUACCCUGAAGAAUACUACCCACCUUACGCUAGCGGGUUUGGUUAUAUUAUGUCGGCUGAUGUAGUGAAACUGCUGGCGUCAGAGAGCAGGUUUAUCGUGCCAUUCCCCAACGAAGAUGCUUACGUUGGUGUACUUAUAUCCCGCUUGGGCAUCUCUCCAGUCAGCAGCAGCAGAUUUGUAUUAAGUCCCAGUGGGCUUAACGUAUGUAACUAUUUAUUUGUGUUUAUAGUGCAUCACGUGCAGGAAGCAGACCAGCUAGCACUCUUGCAAAAGACAGUAGAAUCUAGGACAGUUUGUAACCAUUCAGCAAUAACAACAUGGAGCUGA